UUUCGGUUGAAUUACGAUUGAACUAAUUGAACCAGUAAACCAAUAAAUCAGUAACUAGUGGUUUGGUGAUUGGUUCGGUUUCCAGUAGGAAACCUUGCUACUACCUUCCUCUUCUCCCCUUCCUUCCCCUUUUCUGUCUUCCAACUCCGGCGGAGCCGCCGCCACCGGUAUUGUUGCUCUGUUCUCCAUAUUUCUGCUCCAUCCAACUCUUGCAUCGCCACCUGCAUCUCUGCCACCUCUGGCUGCUGCAAGCGUCUCUUCCCGCCAGCGUCUGUACCCGCCCACGCUGCCGCUAGCGUCUCUACUCGCCUCUCUUCUCUCCUCUCCGACCACAUCUCUGCUUGCAUCUUUUCCCGUGUCUGCCCACCUUCUCUGCCGUGGUUGCUGCCUUCCCUGAUACCUCUUCUCAAGUAAAGACUCUUGACACUUGUGAAGCAUUGAAGCAUGUAGUAAUCUCCUGUUAAGAAGAAAGAGGAUGUCUCUGUCCGCUAUGAGUUGUUCAAUUCUCCCAACUACUGUAUUCUCCAUUCCCUUCCCUUCUUCCAAAGCCACCAUUUCAAUCAACUCUACCACUACCACCUUAGUCUCCAAGUCAGCAGCAGCAACAUCCAAACACAUAUGGACAAGAACAGUCCAACUCCAUCCACGUGGCAGAACCCGGUACAAAGACCAAACGUUCUUGGACCACGCUGUGGACAUGGAUGAGCUGAUAUCUUCGAUCAGACAGACCCAAAAUGCGGAGGAGCUUUAUGCCCUCAUGUCUCCUUACAAUGGCAGGCAGCUCUCUAUGCGUUUCAUGGUUUCUCUCCUUUCUCGGGAGCCAGACUGGCAACGCUCCCUUGCCUUGCUUGAUUGGAUCAAUGACACGGCUCUCUAUUCUCCUUCAGUCUUCGCCUACAAUGUCGUUAUUCGCAAUGUUCUACGCGCCAAGCAGUGGCAAGUUGCACACGGCCUGUUCGACGAAAUGCGCCAGAGAGGCCUUGCCCCAGACAGGUACACCUAUUCAACUCUGAUUACUCAGUUUGGUAAGAAUGGCAUGUUUGAUUCGGCCUUGUUCUGGCUCCAGCAAAUGGAGCAGGACAAUGUGUCUGGUGAUCUUGUCUUGUAUAGCAACUUGAUUGAGCUUUCUCGAAAAUUGCGUGAUUACACCAAGGCGAUUUCGAUAUUCAUGAGGUUGAAGAACGCUAACAUUACGCCUGACCUGGUAGCUUAUAACACCAUGAUUAAUGUGUUUGGAAAGGCUAAGUUGUUCCGUGAGGCUCGCCUCCUCAUUCAGGAGAUGAAGGGUAAUGGUGUCCGCCCGGAUACGGUGAGUUACUCGACGUUGCUCGUGAUGUAUGUUGAGAACCAGAAGUUUGUUGAGGCACUCUCGGUAUUCUCGGAGAUGAAUGAAGAGAAGUGCCCGCUUGAUCUGACGACUUGCAAUAUUAUGAUUGAUGUUUAUGGCCAGCUUGACAUGGCCAAGGAAGCUGAUCGGCUGUUCUGGAGCAUGAGGAAGAUGGCAAUCGAACCCAAUGUGGUCAGUUACAAUACACUCUUGAGGGUCUAUGGAGAAGCUGAGCUGUUUGGGGAAGCCAUCCAUCUAUUUCGUUUGAUGCAGAGGAAGGGUGUGGAACAGAAUGUUGUCACAUACAACACCAUGAUUAAGAUCUAUGGCAAGUCUCUCGAGCAUGAGAAGGCAACGAAUCUCAUUCAAGAGAUGCAGAGCAGAGGUAUUGAACCAAAUGCCAUCACUUAUUCCACGAUAAUAUCUAUCUGGGGAAAGGCAGGGAAGUUGGAUAGGGCAGCCAUGUUAUUUCAGAAGUUAAGGAGCUCAGGAGUUGAAAUUGAUCAAGUUCUUUACCAAACAAUGAUUGUUGCUUACGAGAAAGCAGGUUUAGUUGCUCAUGCCAAGCGUCUGCUUCACGAGCUUAGGCAUCCAGAGAACAUUCCUAGGGAGACUGCGAUUGCAAUCCUUGCGAGGGCUGGUAGAAUUGAAGAGGCUACAUGGGUUUUCCGGCAGGCUUUUGAUGCUGGAGAGGUGAAGGAUAUAUCUUUGUUUGGGUGUAUGAUUGAUCUUUUCUCAAGGAACAAAAGGCAUGCAAAUGUUGUUGAAGUGUUUGAGAAGAUGAGAGAGGUGGGAUACUUUCCUGAUUCUAAUGUUAUUGCUCUUGUGCUGAAUGCUUUUGGGAAGCUACGUGAAUUUGAGAAAGCAGAUGCUUUAUAUAGAGAGAUGCAUGAAGAAGGGUGUGUUUUUCCUGAUGAAGUUCAUUUCCAGAUGCUCAGUCUAUAUGGAGCAAGAAAGGAUUUCACAACAGUAGAGUCAUUGUUUGAGAAGUUGGAUUCCAAUCCCAACAUCAACAAAAAGGAGUUGCAUCUUGUUGUUUCCAGCAUUUAUGAAAGAGCAGAUAGACUUAAUGAUGCUUCUCGAAUCAUGAACAGGUUGAAUAAAAAAAUCAUAAGAAAUCAUGACGAUACUUAGAGAAGUUUGCAUCUGCUUUCCCUAAUCCCUAUGUAACUUGUAUAGUGAUGAACAUUCUUUUGCCCUUGACCAUGCAUAAAAACUGUAAUCGGAAAAUCUCUCUAUAAUGAGGUGCAUCAUGUAGAUAUGAUAUAUUAUUAUGUUUUGGUGCAAUAAUUGUUUUAUAUAUGCAUAUAAAUGGAGCAGUGCUUCUUCAUUGCAGAUUGUUGAGCCAGUUUCAAGUCAAUUUUUGAGCUUUUCUGGUAGUUUGAUUGUUUUGCUGGUAUAACUGAAAAUAUUUUGUGUGCUCCACCUGUAGCAACUGUCAAUCAAUUUUAAUAAAAUUCGUAGCUGAUCUAGUAGUUUAGGUGUGGUUUAAUUGGAAAUCCUAAGCUCCAGAUUGAAGUUAUGGGUGAAAGAAAUACGGAAAGUGACAUGGAGAAUCAUUUUCAACUCAUGGUAAAAUUUAUUCUUUCAUUAACUUUGUUCGGAUAUAGUUGAACAUAUUCUCCUCCUUUUCUCUCCCAUUUGCCCUCACUUUGCUGCAACAUAUAUUUGUUUUAUGAAAUUUCAUAUUUUAUUUUCUAGCAUCCCCUAAUGGAUCACUUCUUCACCCCACUGAUUUGGUACUGCUAUAAUAUGAUGAAGGUAAAGUUCAUGGAGGUACUAGAUUGAAGCUGAAUGGUUGUAGAUUUAUUUAUAUAUAUAGUUCAUUCUGGUUUUGAAUAUUGAUAUAUCUGUACUUUGUGUAUAACAGCAGUUAUUCACUUCGUAUGUUGGUUUAUUGAAGAACCUUCAAAUGGUUGUUUCAUGUGUGCUGAAGUAUGUACUUUCAAACCAUCAGCUAGCAAGUAAAAUACCAGAGUUUUCCCCAUGAUUGCAUCAAUGUAUAAGUUCCUUUUUUUCUAUUCUUGACGAUGGAUUUAUUAAUUAUUGUUUUUGCUUAAUUGUUUGAUUGUUUGAUUGUUUGAGAAAUCAAGGUGCUGUGUUUGGUGGGAUGCUAGUGUGUUCAUGGAACCUACAACAAAGCAAAAAAUAUCAAGUAUGUCAACUUUCUUUACCAAUGCAGAUAAAAUAAUUUCUACAACUUGAAGUAUGGUUUAGCUUUGCUUGCUGUCAUGACGGGACAAAUCUAACUUGUCUUUACUUCUAUAUAUGGUAGCCAAGGUUGUUUCAACCAACUGGUAAGGAUGCUUAUAUUACAAAUGCUUUACAAACAUUCUUCAUUGGUAUCCAUGCCUUACAUAAAUCCUUUUCAGUUGUUUCUUUGAAAAAAAGUUAAUGACAAUAAUAAUUAAUAAGACAUUCUUUUAUGAUCAUGUCAAUUUCAUUUAGUAUGCUUUGUUCUUGUUGCUAAUCUGAGAUUAGUCUUUUAUCAAAUGGAACUAUAUCUUGAUAAAGAAUUGUCUUGAAUGUAAAAAAACCAGAGUUGGGAUGUCUAAAUAAUGGAUUGAAUAAAUGAAACAAGUGGUUGUGUAAGUUUAUUUCAAUUAUCCAAGAUAUUACUACUGAGUCAAUGUAAUUUUCGUUCAUAUAAAUUUGCAUGGAGCCAAGGUUUUAUUUUUACCUAUUGAUGCUUCAGGUGUUUAUUAUUAGAAACAUAUUGUGGAAUGUGGAUAUAUAUUUAAAUAACUUUUUCCUUGUUCUGGAAAUGGCAAAACUUGAAUUAUAUGAAAUGCUUAGUUGUAUCUGUGUUAUUCUCACAAGUAGUGAAAUGCAAUGAGUUAUAAUGAUGUAUAUGCUGGUGUAAAGGUUUUCUUUGUGUCCAGUUUAUUAUUCUUAACUUCACCUUUCCAAAAAUCGAAUUCAAUGUAAACCUGGAAAGAGAAAAUAUAUGGUUAGAGAGAUAGAACUUAAUGAAACAAGAGAAUAGUAAGAGAGAAUGUGAAAUUAGGGAGAGAGCUAAUCAUGCAUUGUUUGUAUCCGU